GAAGGCAGCAUUGCACUGUAGGCUGGAGGCCACACCAGCACGAGCUCCGAAUGAAUGGAUCCCAGUAGUCGCAUUCAUGUUUGUGCGCUUCUGUAAAAAUACAUUCACCCGUCAUUUAAUCAGAAACUCUCUGUCGCUGUCGGCUGGAUGGGUUUGUGGUGUUGGACCUCCUGAUACCCAGAGAACACACCUGACACCCACCCAAACCACAAACAUGGCAGUAGUGUCUCCUGGGUGAUAGCAGACCUGCCAAAGCACAGACUGUGCAUAUGGUUCUCGAUCCUGAUGACAAAGACAACCAUUCACUGAAAAAACAGACCCUAUUGUCUCAUGCAAGGAGCCAUAAUCUGGAACCCGGAUUGAGACAUCGAACGAGCUAGUCCUCAUCCUCAGUGCCCAGGACACAGGCUGCAUUUCCCUCUCCAGUACUGGGCACACAGCACCGUGCGGACUGGACACCCAGCUCUGGAGACUCUGUUGAUCCAGUGUGUGUUCUGCCAGUUCGGCCUAUCAGAGGGAAUCACAUGUGAGAGAGGUGCGGUUUUCACGAACACCCAGACACCUGGAGCACAUAUUGGCCCUGGGUGGAGCAUGCCCAAAGCUCUGCCUCCACUGGGCUCUCCAUUUCGAUUGUGUCCUGGGAAAUGCGUCAUGGUCUCCGCGGCGCCAUCGCAAACUACAAAAGAAAUGCAGAGCCCUCACUGAAUUGAAUACCUGAAGCCUCGGAGACACCAUGAAUCCUUGGAGAUGUGGCAUGCUGGUCUUGGUGGGCAUACUGGGCUGGACACUGCUCUUCUUUCUUUACUUUUCCUGGAGCAUUGACUCCCACUCAAGCCUGCUUCUGGCCGUCGUGGACACCCGCCACGUUCAGUUGAGUGCCAGGACCUUGACCACGAUGAGGGGACAGAAUGACAGCAGUGUCCAGAGACAGGUUAGACUACUCCCCCCCGCCAUGAUGCUGCCCCAAGUGAACAAGUGGAGGAGAGCGAGGAGGCCCUUGGACUUUGAGUUCUUCUCUGAGGGAAGGCAGGCGGUGCAUGCGCUGUGGAAGGGCCAAGCCUCGGCAGAUAUGCUGAGCUUUAGACUGCAGGAAGCCAAGAAAAGUUACACUGGCAUCAACCCGCACAAUGUGACGUACACGGGCUCGAUGGUGGCACAGCGCGGCACCCAGGACUUACUGUGUCAGCUGAAACGGCAGCAGCUCAGGACCGUGGACGGGACCGAGGAGCCUUUCGCCAAGCUGGGCUGGCGGCAGCUGGUGCCAGGGAAGCCUCUGCAGCAGCUCCGCGACACCCCCUACAGGACAUGUGCUGUCGUCACCUCCGCUGGUGCCUUGCUCAGAUCAUCUCUGGGGAAAGAGAUUGAUUCCCAUGAUGCAGUUCUGCGGUUCAAUGCGGCUCCAACCAGGGGCUUUGAGGACCACGUCGGCAGCAAGACCACAAUCCGUAUCAUCAAUUCACAGAUUUUGGCUGACUCAUACCAUUUUGCAAGCAGUUCUCUCUAUAAGAACAUUACACUGUUGGCGUGGGACCCUACCUCAUACUCUGCCAACCUAGAGAAGUGGUACAGUAAACCGGACUAUGACCUGUUCCCGGCGUACGUGGAGCGCAGGAGGAGCUCACCCUCCCAGCUCUUCUAUAUACUGCACCCUGCCUUCAUCUGGCAUCUGUGGGAUGUGCUCCAGAACAACAUAGACGAGGACAUCCAGCCUAACCCACCCUCCUCCGGCUUCAUAGGCAUCAUUGUGAUGCUGAGCCUGUGUGAGAAGGUUGACAUCUAUGAGUUCAUCCCUUCCAGACGACACACGACGCUGUGUCACUACUAUGACUACUACCACGACAUGGCCUGCACGCUCGGGGCCUAUCACCCGCUGCUCUACGAGAAGCUCCUGGUCAGGAGGAUGACCGAGACCUCCAUGGACGACCUUUCGAAUAAUGGCAAGGCGGUCCUCUCGGGGUUUAGUCAGAUCACCUGCUAGCCGUAAUGUUUCAGAGGCGGGUUGCUAACAGCAUGGACUAAUUCCCCCUCCACUGAGCAGGGUGAAGGACCAUCACACAGCACACACCAUGCACACAUGCCACACACGUGCUGCCACGUGUGUAUC